UCAGCGUCUCCCGGAGUCUGGCCGCAGUCGCGGCAGUGGUGGCUUCCCAUCUCCAAAAGGCGCCCUCCGACUCCUCGCGCCGCACUGCUCGCCGGGCCAGUCCGGAAACGGGUCGUGGAGCUCCGCACCACUCCCGCUGGUUCUCGAACGCGGAUCCGUUCUCCCGAGAGUUGCGAGAAACUUUCCCUUGUCCCUGACGCUGCAGCGGCUCGGUUACCGUGGCAGCUGCAGGUUUCUGAACCCCGGGCCACGCUCCCCGCGCCUCGGCUUGGCGCUCGUGUAGAUCGUUCCCUCUCCGGUUGCACGCUGGGGAUCCCGGACCUCGAUUCUGCGGGCGAGAUGCCCCUGGGACACAUCAUGAGGCUGGACCUCGAGAAAAUUGCCCUGGAGUACAUCGUGCCCUGUCUGCACGAGGUGGGCUUCUGCUACCUGGAUAACUUCCUGGGCGAGGUGGUGGGCGACUGCGUCCUGGAGCGCGUCAAGCAGCUGCACUGCACCGGGGCCCUGCGGGACGGCCAGCUGGCUGGGCCGCGCGCCGGCGUCUCCAAGCGACACCUGCGGGGCGACCAGAUCACGUGGAUCGGGGGCAACGAGGAGGGCUGCGAGGCCAUCAGCUUCCUCCUGUCCCUCAUCGACAGGCUGGUCCUCUACUGCGGGAGCCGGCUGGGCAAAUACUACGUCAAGGAGAGGUCUAAGGCAAUGGUGGCUUGCUAUCCAGGAAAUGGAACAGGUUAUGUUCGCCAUGUGGACAACCCUAAUGGUGAUGGUCGCUGCAUCACCUGCAUCUACUAUCUGAACAAGAAUUGGGAUGCCAAGCUACAUGGUGGGAUCCUGCGGAUAUUUCCAGAGGGGAAAUCAUUCAUAGCAGAUGUGGAGCCCAUUUUCGACAGACUCCUGUUCUUCUGGUCAGAUCGCAGGAACCCACACGAAGUGCAGCCUUCUUAUGCAACCAGAUAUGCUAUGACUGUCUGGUACUUUGAUGCUGAAGAAAGGGCAGAAGCCAAAAAGAAAUUCAGGAAUUUAACUAAUGACCUACACUGCUUAACUCUGAUAUGUGAGUGAGGCCACACUUCAUACAACUUAUGCUCAGCAUUAGCCCAAGAGGUGCCAAUGCUGGAUGUAAACCCGGUUCCUCCACAGUCUGUGAGGCAUAUGGGAAAGAUCCCAUUGCAAAGUCAAGAGAGAAUCCUUUUGCAGAGCUCUAUUAGGAGGCUUAUACAAGAUGGGAAGUGUUUACUGGAGGCUUUUUGGUGACAUUUGUGACAUAAAACUCAUCAGAGCUGACUCCAUGCCCUCUUUAUUCUCCUUUCUGUCCCCAACCCAGGGAAAACUGAGUCUGCCCUCACUGAAGACUGACCGUGCUCUGAAAUCCGCGGGCCUUGUUCAUUUUAGUAAUGGUUCCUGAAUUCUCUUAAAUUCUUUGAGAUCCAAAGAUGGCCUCUUCGGUGACAACAAUCUCCCUGCUACUUCUUGCAUCCUUCACAUCCCUGUCUUGUGUGUGGUACUUCAUGUUUUCUUGCCAAGACUGUGUUGAUCUUCAGAUACUCUCUUUGCCAGAUGAACUCAUUUGCUAACAUCCUGCAGACAUCCUACUCGGCCAGCGGUUUACCUGAUAGAUUGGGUAAUACUAUCAAGAGAAGAGCCUAGGAGUACAGCGAGGGAAUGAACCUUACUUGCACUUUAUGUAUACUUCCUGAUUUGAAAGGAGGAGGUUUGAAAAGAAAAAUAUGGAGGUGGUAGAUGCCACAGAGAGGCAUCAUGGAAGCCUUAACAGCAGGAAACAGAGAAAUUUGUGUCAUCUGAACAAUUUCCAGAUGUUCUUAAUCCAGGGCUGUUGGGGUUUCUGGAGAAUUAUCACAACCUAAUGACAUUAAUACCUCUAGAAAGGGCUGCUGUCAUAGUGAACAAUUUAUAAGUGUCCCAUGGGGCAGACACUCCUUUUUUCCCAGUCCUGCAACCUGGAUUUUCUGCCUCAGCCCCGUUUUGCUGAAAAUAAUGACGUUCUGAAUAAAGAUGGCAACACAAUUUUUUCUCCAUUUUCAGUUCUUACCUGGGAACCUAAUUCCCCAGAAGCUAAAAAACUAGACGUUAGUUGUUUUGGUUGCUUUAUUGGAAUGGAAUUUGAAUUUAAAUGAAAGGAAAUACAUAUCCCUGGUAGUUUUGUGUUAACCUCUGAUAACUGUGGAAAGAGCUAGGUCUACUGAUAUACAAUAAACAUGUGUGCAUCUUGAACAAUUUGAGAUGGCAGGUGGAGUUGGAAAUGUGGGUGUUCCUGUUUUUUUUUUUUUUUUUCAGUUUUCCUUUUUAAUGAGCUCACCCUUUAACACAAUAAAAAACAGGGUGCUGUAUUUUAAAAAAGGAAAUGGAAAUAAAAAAAUCUCAAACUA